UCACCAUCAUGCUCUCGCCACAGAGCAUGAAGCCACAGCCCCAGGCACCCCACGGCAGAGAGGCACGGGCCCCCAGCAGCAGCCCCGGCACCAGCUCUGGCCAGCCCAACCCUGUCAGAACCAACCCUUUGCUCUCCACCCAGGCCUCAGUCGACCAUCAGGCCCUCCCCAAGGAGGAGGAUGUGAGUACCAGGAUCUGCCGCCUCUCACAACAGCCCAGGGCCCUGUCCUUCGAGAGCACUGUUGGGCCUGGCACCUCCCAGGAUGCUCCAGGCAGCCCCCUGGGGUCAGCUAUACCCCCAUUUCACAGAGGAGACAGCUGCAGUUCAGGCCACACAGGACCAGCUCGCCUCCUGUUGGAUGCGUCUGGCCACUUGCCCACCUCCGUGCUUCCGUGUCCAUCAUGUCCAUACCCGCCAGCUCCCUCCAGGCACCUCUCACAUCACCCCCAUGUCUUUCCAUUGGCUGUGUCACCCUGGAUGCCCAGCCUCACCCUUCAGAGCUCCCAGGCAAGCACAGAAGUCCCAGCUCCAGGCUCCCUGAGCUGCCAGCCCACCCCCCACCAGAUGCCCACAGGAAACCCUGGAAGACACGCCGAGGACAUGAGCUGGGGAGUGUUUGCCGCUGUGCGAUGCGUGAUGGAGACAGCCAGCUGCAGAGAUGGACACUGUGUAGCCACCGACCCUGCCCCAGUUUCUGAGCCCACGGGAGACGCCAGAUGCUGCCUGUGACCCCAUCCCAAGCCCAACAGAGAACAAGGAGCUACAACACCCCAGAGAGAUGCUAAGCAUUGUUUUUAAUUAGCCAGGCAUGGUGGCGUGCACCUGUGGUCUCAGGUACACGGAAGGCUGAGACAGGAGGAUGGCUUGAGCCUGAGAGGUCAAGGCUGCAGUGAGCUGAGAUGGUGCCACUCCACUCCAGUCUGGGUGAGAGCAAGACCUGACUCUGGGCCAGGUGCGGUGGCUCACGCCUGUAAUCCCAGCACUUUGGGAGGCCAAGGCAGGCAGAUCACCUGAGGCUGGGAGUUCAAGACCAGCCUGACCAACAUGGAGAAACCCCAUCUCUACUAAAAAUACAAAAUUAGGCUGGGCGCGGUGGCUCACGCCUAUAAUCCCAGCACUUUGGGAGGCUGAGGCGGGUGGAUCACGAGGUCAGGAGAUCGAGACCAUCCUGGCUAACAUGGUGAAACCCCGUUUCUACUAAAAAUACAAAAAAAAAAAUUA